AACAAGCCCAAGGGUGAGAUGACCCUGGAGGAGCUGCAGAAGCGGGAGGAGGAGGAGUUUAACAUGGGUCCACUCCCCGUGCUCACACAGUCGGUCAAGAACAACACCCAAGUGCUCAUCAGUUGCCGCAACAAGAAGCUCCUGGGCCGUGUGAAGGCCUCUGAUAGGCACCGCAACAUGGUGCUGGAGAAAGUGAAGGACGUGUGGACCAAGGUCCCCACGAAUGGCAGGAGCAAGAAGUCCAAGCCAGUCAACGAGGACCACUACAUCUCCAAGAUGGUCCUGUGUGGGGACUCGGUCAUUGUGGUCCUGCGGAACCCGCUCAUGCAUCGCCAGCAAGAAAGGACCUGCCCUUUGCGCUGGGAAUAA